UAGUGUCCAUAAAAUAACUAAAAAAUAUCGAGUGAGUGUGUGAGUGAACGUUCCUUUUCAAACUGCUUUAUUAAUACUUAAAUUCAAGUAGUUAAACAUGUGGAAGUUCAGUAAUUUGCCGAUACUCUUAGUCAGUGCUGAAAACAAAAUUGCAGCUGAUUACAUUGUAUCAGAGCUAAUAGACAACGAAGGAACAGAUGUGCAUCGGGAGCAAAGCGACGCAUUGGACCCAGUGUGGAGGAUAGUGAACAAGUACUACAGGGCAGAUGUGCGAGUUCACACACGGCUUGAUGGAGAACCACUGCAUGUUGAUCCACACCUAAUCGAGGGUCAUCUCAUCUACCUCACACAGGAUGAAUGUACAGCGGACGUGCCGCAGCGGCGCGCGGCGGGCGUGUCGGCAGAGGUGUGCGUGGUGGCCGCCCACUGUGACCACUACCCCCCGCCGCUGCACUCGUGGACCGUCACGCACCGCGCCGAACUGGUCCCCUUGCUGCACCCGCCGCCUCCCGCCGCGGGGGCCGACCCCCAGGAGGAGGACGACGUGGGCAUCGCGAGGGUCAGGGCCGCCCUGCACGCGCACACGUGGCGCGGCCUCGUCCGCCCCGGGGACCAGCCCCCCGGACCCACUCGACUCGGAACGGUGUCUUCAUCGGAGGGCUCGGAUGCGGAGGGCUCGGGUGCGGAGGGCUCAGAUGCAGAGGGCUCGGAGGCAGAGGAGUGGGUGUGGGCGGCGGCCUGGGCCUGCGCGCGGGAGGCCGGCGCUGCGCCCCGCCAGCUCCGCGUCGCCAGGGCCGAGCGACUCAUGCGGGCGCUGCGCCUUCUGUGAACUUUACAUUACUUCUUGUAUGAAGAGGAGACAUUCUACUCGCUGUUCAGAUAAAUUAUUAUGUUUAGAUGUGUUUUCGAUAUUAAAAUUUAGUGUUGAAAUGAAACUAAGUUUUGUAAAAAUAUAAUAAUAUAUUUAGUGCAGUCGUGGAGCUAGGUUGGUUCCGUGCACGGAACACAAGUUAACGAGUUACUUCAGCACCAUAUAAACCUCAACAUGUAUACAACUUCUUUCGUUAUAAUAAUAAAUUAUUUACAAGUGAGGGCUGGAUUAAAGCGAGGCUGCAGACAAGUAGCACGCGCACAGCCUUCAUUGAUUCAUAACAUAUUGUGCUAAAUAAUAAUUCUACAUUAAAUAAAUAAAAUGUAAGUUUCCGUAGAACUAGACAAUAAUGUUCACAAGUACUGCGUGUACAAUAAAGGCAAACUUAACAACACUAACAA